AUGGGUGGUCAAGAAAGAUGGUAUGCAAACGAUUUCCUGAAAAAGCUAUUGGAUCUGUUUGUGUCUUCAAAUACAUCCAAAGAUCAACCGGUCGAGUCACAAUUUAUCCAAAGCAACCAUAUCGUGAUGGAUUCCAGUAUAUUCAUACCGACUAUUGGUGGAUUCCCUGUAGAGAUUAAAUAUUUGAUUUUGAAAAAUUCCAGGAAGGACAUCGGAAAUCAAUUUUCACUGACACCAGAUGGUGGUCAAUUAAACAGAACUUCAAGCACAUCCAUAGCCAUGGGGACUCAGUUGAAAAUCAAUACCUUCCAACGUCACUGGGUCAUCAAUCAAUGGUAUCAAGUUCUGUUCGAUGCCAACCUGCACGGAUUAGUACGUUACACAAGCAAACCGGAUCGGAUUGAGGGGCACAUAUAUCUCAAUGACUGGGACAACGAACAGUUGGCGUUCAAUUACCAGCGGGAUCAUUAUGCCAUUCUGGAUGGAGAAACCAUUCCAAGCGGCAUCAACCACUCGCAAAUGACACUGUUCUCGCAGACUCCAACUUACAUUGACACACUGCUCGGUCUGAGCGCAAGCAGUCGAGUGAUGCUGGUUAACAACUCCUCGGAACUGUUGCCAAUCCAGAUAAAUUUGUGCGUGAAUCGUUUUCGUGGUCUGGAUGCCCAAUUUGUGCUCGAACGUGGUGGAGAGUGGCUCGGAUCGGUUGGUCGUUUGUUUUUACUGUUCACACGACCGGGUGAAUUAGAUUCGAAUGAGGUGCCAAAGAAACAUCUGGAAUUGUUAUUUGAGGUUGGUCCUGUCAAUCAGACUGCACAGUUUGUUGAAAUUCGCUUUGUCCCACCAUGGCAACAUGAAUUAGAUGUUCGUGCGGAGUACAGUCAGAACGGGGUUUUGCACGCGGUAGGCAAUCUAAGCCUCACACCUUGGGAGGUGUACGGUGUCUAUGUGGAAGAACAAGAUCAACAGAAGUUCACAGCGAAAAUUCACUACCCAUCCGGAAUGUCUAAACUGGCGUUUCGAGGCAAUCUGACCGGGAAUUUCAAACUGCAAGUGAACAGUGCUGAUAACAGUUGGCCUGUACCAAUUCAGAUGACUCAACGUGUGAUCAACUCAAGACAUACGCAUUACCCCUCAUUCCGUCGAUUUCAUCACGAAACGCAACUUCAACUGCGCGAUAAGCAAUCAUUGAUUUUACAGUUGGAGUGGAAUACCGGUAGACGUAAUGGACGACUGGAGCAAGGAGUUGUUCGUCUGAAGCAAACAAACGAUCAAGGUCGUUCGGAACUCCGGUCCGCAAUCACUUGGACCGAGGGGGAUGCUGCAAGUCAAUUGGAUAAGCAGGUUCAGGGGUAUUCUCGUCAACUUACUGUCGAAACGAAAAUUGAACCACAAGGAAGCAGUCCGUGA